AUGAUAAUAGUCCAAGGUACCCUUGCUACACUUCAGCUUCUAAAACUAGGAAUUUGGUCAUGCUUACUUAUAGGAACUAUUACUUUUGGCUGUACAUGUGAUGGGAUUCUUCCAAGCUUUAUACUCUCUAUAAUUCCCCUCAUAAUUGCCUUCAUAAUGAUACCAAUUUUGAUUCAUGUUUUCCUUGACUUUCUAUCUCGAGGCCAAGAUUUAUUUGCUAAGCCUAUUCUUUUAUUCUGGAAUUAUGCAAUUUCUCUAUCAGUUAUAAUAUUUUCUGCUUUAGGCUGCCUAUUUCUUGAUGGGAUUAUAAAAAUUUCGCUCACAAUUAUUUUCAGCCCACUUUGGUUUGCACUUGCGUCCUUAUUUUUAUUUUCUGUGUUUAUAGCUGAAGUACUUAUAGAAAAUGGCUACAAAAGAGCAGCCCUUAUGCUGUUUAUCUGGCCAAUCGCUGGGUAUAUUUUUUCGUUCUUAUGGAUGGGAUAUAUGCUAUUAUAAAUUAUUUUUUGAGAAAUAUAAUUUAAGAAUUGUAUUUUUUUACAUAAAUAAGAGAAAUAAUAGAAGAAGUUUAGCAGAAAUUAUUAAAAUAAGUAUAUAAUAGACACAAAUCCAGAAGCAUUUUUAUUUGCUAUAGCUCCAAUAUUUAUUGCAAAUAUUAUUCACAUAAUUUUAUAUGUGAGAGAGAGAGAUUAUUCUUACUUAGAGGCCUUUAUUCCAGGGCCAAGUCCCAAUUUAUUAAUUUUUCUUUUUCUUUGUUUUCCAUGUUCUUCAUAUAAAUUUCUCUUCAGGCAUCUUUUUUUCCAUCAGUUUUAUCCUUUCCAUCUCCAUCAAUUUUAGAUGGUAGUUUGAAUUCCUGCUCAGUUUCUUCAGAGAAUUUUUUUGAAUUUGUUAUUUCAUUAUUGGUUUGUUCUCUUAAAUUCAUAUCUGUUUGUUCUUGCUUAAUACUUAGUUUGAACUUGAGUUUUUAGAAUUUUUUCGCCCACCGAGACUUUAUAGGAGUAUUUGAAGUUUUCCUGAAUAGGUUCUAAGAGUUUUUCUUGGGAUUUAGCAAAGAAAAAUUGGGCAUUUCAUUUUCAUCUUCUGUUUCUUCAGUUCUAUCAUCUAAUCUAAGCCUUUUCUUUUGAAAAAAAAUCUUUUCUCUGGUCUUUCCUUAGCUUGACACUAUAAUUUUCGUUUCUUUUCAUAAGAUUCAUUGGGUCUAAGGCCAUAAAAUUCGAGUUUUUCUUUUUCGAAUCUGCUGGAAUUGUCUGUGUUUGGAGGGAAGUUUUCAUUAAGAACUGUGCAAAAUUUCACAAAGACUUCUUUUUUCUUCUUUUGGUCAGCUUUUUUGAUAAAUUUCGAAAAGUAAAUUUUCACUGACAAUUGUAAAAAGCUCUUUCUCAUUAGGAAUUUGGAUAGGAUCUGUUUCUGAAUCAUAGUAAAAUAUGAUGCUUGAAGGCAGGAGUUGUAAUUCAGUUUCUUCUGCUCCAAUGAGAGCAGGAAUCGAAAGUGAAAUUUUCCAGCUUUCUUUCCAUUUUAAUAGUUUUUAUAUGUGAAGGAUAUUAGAUUAGAUUAAUUUACAGUUCCCAAUUCAUAGAUCGCUCCAUUUAGCAAUGUGAGGCAGAGUGUUUUCUUCUUGCAGCAUGGGCUGAAACCCUCAGUUUCUCGAUAGUAAUAUCACCAAGGGUCCAAAGGACAUUUCUGGUCAUCACCAUUUUCAACCACAGGACGUCACCUUUUUUUUAAACCAACCCUGAGUUCAGAGACCAGAUCGCUUUAACCAUGAGAGGUACUUUCGACUGGAGACUCACUUGUUGGUGCGCGCGAGCUGUCUAAUUUGCCCCCUUUUAUUGUUGCCCAAAGAAAAACUCAACAGCUUUCGCCAUUUUGGGAAAUCACCAAAGCAGCUUGAGCGGAUAUAAACCAUCCUGCUCCAUAACGGAUCCCCACGGGGCUAGGUACUGCUGGAAAAAAGAGACGCAAUUAACUGUCCUAAGGUUCAGGACUCAAUUUAGCGGAAAAGAGUCCCCACGUCAGACUGAGCAUUACUGAGCCAUAAUUGAAUCCCAAAAAUCACGUUUGGUAUACAUAAAGACACCUCGGUAGGAUUGGCUGCUAGCUCCAUGUCAAAUGACAGUGUCUUUUUUAAUAGUGCACAUUUCAUCGAAAUACAUUUGUUCGAAAAUUUUUAAAUAAUGCGACAUUUGGUCAAAAUUUAACGUGUUUUUUAGGUCAAAUGUCUCACUAUCAAAAAGUCUCAACCAAUUUUCUACCAAAUUUACUUAGGUGAAAUGCACACUAUCAAAGGUGCACGAUCAUUGGCCCUCCACCGAGCUCUCACUUCUAACCAUUUUAUGCAUAUUGUGAAGGAUAUAAUAGAAACAAAAAGCACCACAGGAGCUUUCAAUAUACCGUAAUCUGGCGAUUAAUUUUUUUUUUGAGAUAAUUUUUUUUUAAUGUUUUUAAUAUAAUUAUGUAUAUUAACGCUCAAGAACUUUUGUGCAUAUUAAUGUUGCCUUGCUUUGUAGCAUUACUUACAGCAAAAAUUUAUUCUGCAACUUGGAUACCUUCUUUGACUCUUACAGGGCAUGUAGCAAUAGUGCUUAUAUUCUGCUUUUAUAAAGAUAUACAAAGUUUCUCUGCUAGAAAAGACGAUAAAAAUGCUUAUGAAACGAUCUAUUAA